GCUCUGGCUGGCGCUCUUCCGUUCUUUCCUUUCACUCACAGUACGACACGCGCAGGAACUAUCUUCCGCAGCCAGCGAGUCACACUCGCGAUUCAAGCUUCGAACAAAGCACCAGGCAUCGCUCUAGCCGUGCGAUCUGACUGCCCGAGAUCCGUGUGUGACGUUACCGUGCGUGUGUGACAGUGAACUGCUGAGAGCAGAGCAAAAAGUACUCUACCCUUGACCACAGAAUCGUCAACGUACGACAAACUAAGCGACCAUGUUUUCCGCACUGUUGGAUGCCGCCCGCAAUUCCCCCUUCAAAACACCCUUCAGCCGGGUCCAGUGCGAUAGUCCCACCGCUGCAGGCAAACCGCUGGUAGCGGGUCGAUCGAUUGCGGCUGCUGCCACCGACGAGGUCGAGUUCGGUUCAACCCAAUUCUUCCUGCUGUGCGGUGUGGGUGGUAUUAUUUCAUGCGGUUCGACGCACACCUUCGUCGUGCCGUUGGAUCUGGUCAAGUGCCGCUUGCAGGUUGAUCAGGCCAAGUACAAGAACCUGUUCAAUGGCUUCAAGGUGUCCGUCGCUGAAGAGGGGACCAAGGGUCUGGUGAAGGGAUGGGCACCAACCUUCUUCGGUUAUUCGGCGCAGGGAGCCUUCAAGUUUGGCCUGUAUGAGGUGUUCAAGGUGCAGUAUGCCAACAUGCUUGGUGAGGAGAAUGCCUACCUGUACCGCACCUGGCUGUAUCUGGGUGCUUCAGCAUCGGCUGAGUUCUUUGCCGACAUUGCUCUGUCGCCGUUCGAGGCUGCUAAGGUCAAGAUCCAGACUACACCCGGCUUCGCUAACACCAUGCGUGAGGCAAUGCCCAAGAUGAUGGGCGAUGAGGGUAUUGCUGCCUUCUACAAGGGUCUGGUUCCUCUGUGGUGCCGUCAAAUCCCGUAUACCAUGAUGAAGUUCGCCUGUUUCGAGAAGACCGUCGAAUUGUUGUACCGUUAUGUCGUACCGAAACCACGAGACCAGUGCAGUAAGGGUGAACAGCUUUUGGUGACCUUCGCUGCCGGUUACAUCGCCGGUGUGUUCUGUGCCAUCGUGUCCCACCCGGCUGAUGUGGUCGUGUCUAAACUGAACCAAGCCAAGGGAUCCAGUGCGUUCGACGUGGCUAAGCAGCUCGGAUUCAUGGGAAUGUGGAAUGGUUUGAUGCCACGUAUCAUCAUGAUCGGUACGCUGACCGCUCUGCAGUGGUUCAUUUAUGACGGUGUCAAGGUAGCUUUGUCUAUCCCGCGUCCACCACCCCCAGAGAUGCCGGAAUCACUGAAGAAAAAACUGGGAGUUCAUUAAAUCCUAACCUUACACUUUUCUUCGAAUUUUAAUUAUUUCGUUACGCUACACAGUUAAUUUAUAAGUAGAGGCAAAAUCCUGAAAUGAAAUUACAACCUAUUGGAACCGAAUCGGAUGAGUGCUAUUUUCUGGAUGUUAGACUGAUCGCUAAAAGCUAUCGGUACGGGUACGCGAUUCAGUAUUCAUAGAGGAUGGUUCAGACGAUCUUGCCCAUGCGAACACAUACACAAAAGUAAACAGAGCACACGCACACACGCGACCCAAAUUAAACAUCGUUAGUAGAAUCGCUGUACCUACUAAACUUCCAGGACGAUUGUAUUAUUUGUUUAGUAUAAUUUUGCUGCGUUACCGUAGGUGGCCAACCGGAAGCUAAUAAAAGUGGAGCAGUUCUUCGUGGAAGGAC